AAAUAAGAGCUUUGACAUAAUUUUCUGAACAGUUUUAUGUCUCCUUAAAGACGCCAACUUGUUUCAUGCGUGUAUAUCGAGCACAUGCGCAGACGGCUCUAAGGUUUCCUGCUUUAUCGCUAAAUGUUUGUAUUUUAGGUUUGGUAAUGGGACAUGACAAAGUUGGACUUUAUGCAGCUGUGAGCAGGAUGUGAAACCCUGUGUGACAUUUCCUCGAUGUGAAAGGGUUGUCGAGUUUGUUGCGAACACAUAAACUCCAGCUGUGACCUGAAACAGCCGUGGGGCGCAGUGCAAAGUCCCGGCGCAGCGGCGAGACCAGUUAUCCACCGGAUCGGGCGGACUGCUGGAGCCAUGACGGAGAAGCGGAUGUCCCGGUGGUACUUCGGCGGGCUGGCGUCGACCGGAGCCGCCUGCUGCACCCAUCCGCUGGACCUGAUAAAGGUCCAUCUGCAGACUCAGCAGGAGGUUAAGCAGAGAAUGAUGGGGAUGAUCGUCCAUGUGGCGAAAAAUGAUGGCCUGUUGGCUCUUUAUAAUGGUCUCUCUGCCUCACUUUGUAGACAGAUGUCUUAUUCCCUCACAAGAUUUGCAAUCUAUGAGACAGUGAGGGACACCGGCAUCAGCCAGAGUCCCAUGCCUUUUUAUCAGAAGGUUCUGCUGGGAGCAUUUGGAGGUUUCACUGGGGGUUUUGUUGGCACACCGGCAGACAUGGUGAAUGUCAGGAUGCAGAAUGAUAUGAAACUACCACCAGAACUGAGACGAAACUAUAAACAUGCAGUUGAUGGGCUGAUUAGAGUGUGGCGAGAAGAGGGCGUGAGGAAACUGUUCUCAGGAGCAACAAUGGCCUCGAGCAGAGGCGCGCUAGUCACUGUUGGACAGUUGGCUUGUUAUGACCAGGCUAAGGAGCUUGUUUUGGGAACUGGGUUGAUCGGAGACAACAUUGCCACACAUUUCCUAUCCAGUGUCAUUGCAGGUGGCAGUGCCACGUUCUUGUGUCAACCCCUGGAUGUGCUCAAAACAAGACUGAUGAACUCAAAGGGAGAAUACACUGGGAUAAUACACUGCUUUCAAGAAACUGCCAAACUGGGUCCACUGGCAUUUUACAAGGGUCUUGUUCCAGCGGGGAUUCGAUUGAUUCCUCACACAGUGUUCACCUUCAUCUUCUUGGAGAAGCUCAGGAAAUACUUUGGUAUCCCCAUCAUUUCCUGAACAUGCUAAGAAACUCAUCAGUCUGUAACACUGUAGCUGUAACAGACUGGGAUAAUAUUCUGUUCAUUUCAUUGAAUAAUAUGCUAUGAUGAUACUGAGAGUGCUGUAAUGGGAUUGUUUCAUUGUGUGCCAAAUUUAAAGGAAAAUUCAAAAAUAGCUUGUGCAAAUAUUAAUUGUAGAUGUCUACUGCAUGUUUCAGAUACACAUAUUGUACACACAAAUUAAGGAGGAUUAGAUAUGAGAAAAGACAAUAAUUGUCAUGAAGAAAUAUGCAUUCUAAAUUGUUUUUUCUCAAACAUAAAA